AUGGCUCCCUAUAUCCAUCCUCUCAUCGACAAUGGCGUCACGCAAGGCUCCAGUAGCUUCACCGGUGGGAAACUCCACUGCCACUGUGCGUCCGACCAGGUCGAAAUCACGCUGAAUAGCAACGUUGCCCACAACCACGCCUGUGGCUGCUCUAAGUGUUGGAAGCCAUCUGGUUUCCUCUUCUCCAUUGUUGGGGUUGUACCCCGAGACGCUGUCUCGGUGACAGCGAAUGCCUCGAAGCUUCGGAUUGUGGACAAAGAAGCUACCAUCCAACGCAAUGCCUGCAAGGACUGCGGUGUACACCUCUUCGGUCGUAUCGAGAAGGAUCAUCCUUUCAAGGGACUUGACUUCGUCCACGUGGAGUUGUCCGAUGAAAAAGGCUGGCAGGAACCACAAUUCGCCGGUUUCGUCUCAUCCAUCAUUGAACAGGGUUACCACCCGAAAGAAAUGGAUGAUGUGAGAGCCAGAUUCAAGGCCGUUGGACUGCAGACAUACGAUGUGCUGUCCCCGGCUUUGAUGGACCUGAUCUCCACCUUUACAGCUCAGAAGUCCGGCAUCAGAUUUGCCAAUUUGUGA